AACAUGGCUUUCCCCUUUGCAUUUUCAGCCAUAGCCAUUGCCCUCGCCAUCAUAGCUCCCACUGCCAUUUCCGCUCAGACGAAGCUGGUCACCUUCGUGUUCGGCGACUCCCUCACCGACGUCGGCAACAACAACUUUCUCCCUCUUUCCUUGGCAAAGUCGAACUACCCGUGGUACGGAAUCGACUACCUCCCACGGGUUCCAACCGGAAGGUUCACGAACGGCCGAACCAUCGGUGACAUUAUAUCUGCUAAGCUCGGCAUUGAGCCGCCGCCGCCAUACCUUUCAUUGUCGUUGGACGACGACGAAAUCCUUCAUGGCGUGAAUUAUGCAUCAGGAGGAGCUGGAAUUCUCAAUGAAACAGGAAUAUAUUUUGUUGAGAAACUAUCAUUUGAUGAUCAAAUUACAUGCUUUCAGAAGACGGCAGAAGCUAUCAGGAAAAAAAUUGGAAAUGUGGCCUCCAAGAAGCUGCUGAAUGAGGCUGUGUACUUCAUUGGAUUGGGAAGCAACGACUAUGUAAAUAAUUUUUUACAGCCAUUCUUAGUAGAUGCUCACAUUUAUACUUAUGAUCAGUUUCUCAGCCUUCUGAUUUCUACAUUGGAUGGUCAAUUAAAGAGGCUCUACUCGUUGGGAGCAAGGAGAGUGGUGUUUGAUGGCUUGGGUCCCAUGGGAUGCAUUCCAUCACAGAGAAUACAUGCGCCUGAUGGAGGAUGCUUAGAGCUGCUGAACAAAUGGGCACUUCAUUUCAACACACGUGUGAAGAGUUUGCUCACGUACCACAACUAUCAGCUGCCCGGCGCUCUGUUCUCCUUUUCUGAUAAUUACAACAUCGUCCUGGAUCUCAUCCAGAACCCACAGAAAUAUGGAUUUAAGAUCUCAACAACAUCUUGCUGCAACGUGGACACGACCGUCGGAGGGCUUUGUCUGCCGAAUUCAAAGCUCUGUGAUAAUCGCCAUGAAUAUGUGUUCUGGGACGCAUAUCAUCCAACCGAUGCAGCCAAUCAAGUCAUUGCAGAUCUUCUCUUUGCCAGUCCUUCCUUCAAUCAGUCUUCUGCGUUAUCUUUUCUUCAGCACUAGUUUGUCUCGGAGAUGGCUGUCCAGCUUUGUGAGAGGAAUAUUUUGUUUUAUAUGGAGGAGGAUUAUAUGCACAAGAGUUACAUAUAUAUUUAUAGUAUUUUGUCAUUCAAAUCGUAUGAUGUUGUUCUUUAUGUGUUUAGAAUUUUGGACAUGUGAAACAUGAUUAGAUUUAUAAAAGUGUGAUGCAUAUGUAGAUUAGACAUC